AUGACGACCGCCCGCCAACACCACGAUGGCAACAAUGACACUGUCACCGAGGGAGAUUUCGACACGCCUGUGAUUCAGGACACGCCGGCGACUUCCUUUCGUUCGUUUUUCCCGCCUCUCAAUUUCAUCACGCUUCAUUAUGCAUACUUUGUCGGAACGACUCUUCUCGCCUCCGCCGUAUUCUACGCGUCGUCACAUCCCCACGGCAGCAUCAGCUAUGUCGAUUCUCUCUUCCUCGUUGUCUCAGCCAUGACCGAGGCCGGCCUCAAUACUGUUAACCUCAGCCAAAUGACCAUAUGGCAGCAGGUGAUGCUGUGGCUUCUCAUCAUCAUAGGAAGCACAAUCUGGGUCUCAAUCUGGACUGUCCAUGCAAGGAAACACGUCUUUGAGAAGCAGUUUCGGGAAAUCGUGCAAGCUGAACGGGAGAGAGACCAACGGGAAGGAUGUUUGCCAACCUCACAUGGCUCUAGAGGGAAGGCGGCGGGGGUGACUGGCACGGGAGUUGUGAGCGAAGGCACAACAGCUCGAGUCCGAGCGGUCGACAACCACAUCACUUUCGACGCCGAUAGCAUCACUCGCCGUUCUACGAACUCUGCCUCGAGCAAGUCCAAGCCUUCCCGCCCCUGGCUGACCCUCUUGAGCGCCACAAAAGAAGGCCGCAACUCGCAAUUCCACUCCCUCACAGCUUCAGAACGCUCUCGGCUAGGGGGCCACGAGUACCGCGCGCUCCGCCUGCUGUCCGUCGUUGUCCCCCUCUACUCGGUCCUCUGGCAACUGCUCGGCAGCUUGGCUCUUGGUGCAUGGAUAGCGAAUAACAUGCCGGCGGUGGCGACGUCCAACGGCGCGAAUCCUUGGUGGGCUGGCAUCUUCUUCGCCGUCUCAGCGUUCAACAAUUCGGGCAUGUCGCUGCUCGAUGCCAACAUGGUGCCGUUCCAGCAGGCGUACUUCGUGCUCAUCACGAUGGGUCUGCUGAUUUUGGCUGGAAAUACGGCGUACCCGUUGUUUCUGAGACUGAUAUUCUGGUCGGCGUUGAAGAUUCUCAAGGCAACUACCUCAGAGGGAGUGUUUAGGGAGUUGAAGAGCACUCUGGAAUUCAUUUUAAAGUACCCGAGAAGGGUAUACACGAAUCUGUUUCCGUCCCGGCCGACGUGGUGGCUUUUCUUCAUGGUGGUGUUUACGAAUGGAGUUGACUGGAUGGCGUUUGAGGUGCUGAAUAUCGGAAACCCUGUUAUUGAGGCUAUUCCAGUUGGUGCACGAAUCCUGGACGGACUCUUCCAGGCACUAGCUGUCCGAUCUGGUGGCUUCUACCUAAUCCCCAUUUCCUCCGCAUACCCUGGUUUGCAGGUUCUGUAUGUCAUCAUGAUGUACAUCUCGGUAUAUCCAGUGGUCAUAACCAUGCGCCACUCCAAUGUCUACGAAGAACGGUCCCUUGGAAUCUACGCCGACGAGGAAUCCACCGAUCGCACCCAAGUGUUCGAGAAGCAACACUUUACUGGAGGGGGUAUCAUCGCCGACUUCCUCCGAGAAAACCUUAGCUUCGCUGGCGUCGGCGCCGUCAAACCUGUCGGACCCAAAGGACACGAGUCUCGAACCAGUUUUGUGAGCCAGCAGAUUCGUGGCCAGUUGGCGCAUGAUCUAUGGUGGCUUACGCUUGCCGUGCUCGCAAUUGUCACGAUCGAGACAUCGCAUUUUCUUGGGGACCCUGUGCACUUCUCUGUCUUCAACGUCGUGUUUGAGGUGGUUUCUGCCUAUGGGUGUGUAGGUAUAUCAGUGGGCCUACCCAACGAUGCGAUGAGUUUCUCAGGGGGGUGGAAUACGGGAAGUAAGCUUGUACUAUGUCUCGUCAUGCUGAGGGGGCGGCAUCGGGGGUUGCCUGUGGCGCUUGACCGGGCUGUGAGGCUGCCUGGACAGAGGUUGUUAGAAGACGAGGAAGAAGACUGGCGGUUGAGGAGAGCUAGAAGUCGGGGCGUUGAUAGUAGGACGGCAUAG